AUGCUUUCACCAGUCUGGAUCGCCGUAAUUCUCUCGGGCAGCUUCUUGCUCCUGCUUUUCGGAGUCAACGUCCCUCACGAAUUCUCAUCGCAACCACCAAAGCCGACAAUUCAUAUUGAUGAGUCUCAACCAAAUGCUGGUGGUGUGGCCGAUCUGAUCUUGUACACUUACCACGAAACGGACGAGGCCUUCAAAAACCUCGACUUCUUUUUGAAGCAUGCACUCCACGACAAAGCCGACUUUGUCUUUAUCAUGAACGGAGAAUACACCAUCAGUAUACCGGAUCUACCAAAUGUCAAGGUUAUUGAUCGCCCGAAUACAUGUUACGACCUCGGCGCCUAUGGAGAAGUCUUGCGAGCCGAUGACUCCCUUCUCGCAACCAAGUACUCGCGAUUUAUCAUGAUAAAUGCUUCUCUAAGGGGACCUUUCUUCCCUUCAUGGGCAAACAAUUGCUGGUCCGACACAUACCUGAACAAGCUCUCCGAUCGCGUCAAACUAGUGGGUAUGACUUACAACUGCGCGCACGGUGAAGGUUAUCCUCCUCAUCUGCAGUCGAUGAUCAUGGCAACCGAUAAACAAGGCAUGGCUGCCAUCCUGCCAAAUCUCAAGUGUUUCGAGACUAUGAUAUCAGCUGUUGCAGAUGGAGAAACUCAGAUCAGUCGCUGGAUUCAAGAAGCUGGCUAUGGGAUUCAUGCCUUGAUGUCGAGUUUCACGGCAUACGGUGGCGAGGAGAGUGAGAAGGUGUAUCUGGAAGCCUGCUCUGGCUCUGACACUUUGUUUUCUGGAAAACACAAUGGGACCUCCUUGCACCCAUUCGACACGAUAUUCUCAAAGACGAAUCGACCGUGGAAUGAGUAUGACAGGAAAGUGAUUGAUCAACUCACUGAGUAUGCGCACCUCUCCGGGUACUCAAGCUACGACCACUGUUGA